AUGUCGACCGUAUCAGUACAACAACCGGUCAUCCCUCCCCGACCUUCUAGGAGUCAGGAAAAGGAGGAGAAUACCAACACCUCGUCUCUCCCCAAGAUUCCUCCUCGUCCCAUCAAGCGUUUCGACCGCUCCGUCUCCCCGAACCCCGAUCGCUAUGCGCCCUCUCCAUUGAACGAGAGCCCCUUCUCCAAGAGUCCCAAGGCUACUCGUUCUUCACCGAGUAAUGGUUUCCUCUCUUCGCAUGAUCCCAUCCAUCACCGCCCCGGUAGCGUGUCAAUGCCCUCCGUUGGUGAGGAGGGCAACGAAUACGAUGCCAUCAACGAGGGACUUGCCAAGUCGCCUCCUAAGGCACCUGCAUCACCAGAGCACACCCGCUUCGCUGCGGAAGAUCUCAAGCUUCACGCUCCUAAGCCAACUGUUCCGGCUCAGAGUGCCAAACAGAGAGUUAUGGCGGUGACCCGUACCGACUCGGAUAAGGCUGCCUCCUAUGGUAUUGGCAAGCCUAGCAGCGACGACACCAGGCCUAGCAGUCUCAGAAAGAAGGCAAGCUCCAGCGCCAUGUCUCAAAAAUCAGAAAGCGCCUUUGGCGACGAGGAACAUGGCAUUCCCGAGAUUGGCCAACGUGUUCCCAUGAACCCCAACCUCGGUGACGUCCAGGCUCCGUCUCCUGCGCCAGGCUCUGCUGCACCCGAGGGACUCAGAUCGGGAACCCCCCGAAACCACUCCCGCAAGCAUAGCUCGCGCGGUUUCAAUGAGCUUCCUCCUGGCAGCUAUGGUCUUCAUGGCCACAGUUCAGCUUUGCCCACCGACAAGUUCGAGAAGGCCUGGUACGAUAAGCAUCCCGAUUUCCUGAGGAAGGACUGCAAAUCUUCUCUCCAUGACCGUCAAAACGACUACGCCAUGAGCAGCACAGACCUGAACAAGAUCGUCAAGGAGACUCAUAGCCGAGGCUCUGGCAUGGGAACCUCUGCGUCGUAUGUCGGUACCCCCAGUGAAGAGAUUGGAUACCAGGCUUCGGCGGAGUACACCUCUCGCAUCUCCUCUCCUGAACUUCAGCGCAUCAAAUCGCCUCAGAGUCCCGUGAAGGAUUUCCAUCCUCAAGUUUCCGUAUCCUCUCCGGACAAUGCUAACGGAAGCGAUGACGGCACAAUCCAUGUAGACGAGUCUCACAAUCGCCGCAGGAGCUUCGUGUCCCACGAUCCUGGACACGAGAACAAGUACAAGGCACCUAUCUUGGCCGAAGAUGAGCUCGAAAAUGACGUCCAUCCUUAUGAUCUUCAGCCCGCCGUCGAGCCCCCACCAGAACGCUCCGGCAGUGCCUUUGAGAUGGAGAAACCGAACCGUCCCACUAGUCGACCCACCAGCAUUUACAACAACCAGUCACAAACCGAUCUGGUUUCCACUCCACUUGAGGACGUCGAAGAGUAUGAGCCACUCUUCGACGAGGAGCGCCCGGAGGCCAAGAAGCUUGAGGCCGAGGCAACUGGUUCGAAGCCUCGUCACAAGUUCCCAAGCAAGGACGUAUGGGAGGACGCUCCCGACAGCGUCAACUAUACUGCCGAAGUUUCGACCCCAGAGCCCACAGAAUCAGAACGCCCUUCCUCCAGACGCCGUUCCGACCUUCCCAUUGAGAAUCCGGCCUUAGAGUUUGCCCGGAGACAGGAAGAACUCGCAGAGCAGGAAGGUCGUGGGGUGGAUGCAAAGCAGAUGAAGCCAGUGCCUGCCGCCCUCCAGACGGUCAAACAAGAGGCCCGCCCAGCCAUGUCGAAUCGAUUUCCCAGUCGCGACGUCUGGGAGGAUACACCAGAAAGCGCCAUGUACGAGGCUACAGUGGACACACCGGAGCUGAAGGAAGAGUCUCCAGUGGAAAAGCCGUUUGUGCCAGUCCGCCCGCAGAAGAAGGGUUCAGAAUCCAGCGCUACUGCAGAGCGGCCUUCCGUUCCUGAUCGGCCGAGAAAACAGAAUUCAGCAAGCGAGGACAAAACCAAGCCAGCUGUCUCGGAGAAGUCAAAACCUUUGAUCCCAGCUCGUCCUUCCAAAAUCCCUCCUUCCGGCAUCGACUCAAAGGACCAAGAUUCCGCUCCUAAGCUGAAGCCAGCUAUUCCUGGCAAACCUGCCGGAGGCAAGAUCGCGGCGCUCCAAGCUGGUUUCCUGUCUGACCUUAACAAGCGUCUCCAAUUGGGUCCUACUGCCCCGAAGAAGGAAGAAUCCCCGGCGGCGGAUAUUGCCGAGGAGAAAGAGAAGGCACCUCUCUCCGAUGCCAGGAAAGGUCGUGCUCGUGGCCCCCAGCGUAGGGCUCCGGCGGCAAAGAGCCCAGCUCCCGCUGCUGCUGAGGCCAAGUCCGGCCCUACACUCUCAUUCUCUCCUCUCAGAAUAUGCUGGAGCAUCGGUGACAGUGGUAUUCUGGAAGUCGACGAUGGUUCAAAAGAGGAACCCACGAAGGAGUCAGUUCCGGAGGUCGCCAGCACAGCAGCAGAGACAAAGGAAGUUAAGCCCGAAGUCUCGGCUGAGGCAAAGGCGCCUGAGCUGCUUACUGCCAAGGAACCUGUCGCAGAGACUGCCGAAGUGGCUGCGGCCGAGGCUUCUAAGCCUGAGGAAGCUGCAGAUGACACCGAGGCACUCAAGGAGGUCGUCAAGAACCUCGCCGCCAAUACUAUCGGCGAGCCUGCGGUCGAGCAACCCGGAGGCGAGGCAGCAUAA